UUUUGUCGGCUUUGUUGUGGUUCGGUGUGAUUUUAGGAUGGAUUUUUGCUGGUAAUUUUUUCACAGAACUCUGUAAUUUCUAGAGCAAGUCGGGGCCAUGGCCGCGGAUAUGCUGGUAGAACCGAUCCUUGCGACCGGUGGCUAUGAUCACACUAUCAGGAUAUGGCAACCCUACACGACAACUUGCCUGCGGACGAUGCAGCACACGGAUUCGCAGGUGAACUCGCUGGAGAUCUCGCCCAAACGUAACAUCCUGGCGGCCGGCGGUUAUCAGCACAUCCGGUUGUACGAUAUGCACUCGAACCAUCCGAUCGUGAACUUCGAGGGAGUCGCCAAAAACGUGACUCAGGUGGGCUUCGAGGAGGAGGGCAAGUGGAUGUUUACCGGUGGUGAAGACGGGAAGGUGCGCAUCUGGGACAUGAGCUCAGCGAAUCCUUCCUGCAAGCGCAUCUUCGAUUGCCAAAGCCCGGUGAAUGCGGUGUGCCUGUUGCCGAACCAGGUGGAGCUGCUGAUGGCCCACGACGGUGGCGGUAUCUAUCUGUGGGACGUGAAAUCUGACCAGCACGAGCACCUGAUGCCGGAAGUGGAGUGUUCGAUGCAGGAUGUGGCCGUGAGUCCGAACGGUGCGUUCAUGGCAGCGGUAACGAAUCGUGGAGGAUGCUUUAUAUGGACUCUAUCCAGCUGGAACGAGCCACUAGGAACGGCUUCCACGCUAACACGCUGGCAACCGCAGCAUAAGAUACAGGCCCACGAACGGUAUGCCCUACGCUGCAAAUUCAGCCCCGAUUCGAGCAUGUUGGUAACGUGCUCUGGUGAUGGUACGGCGCGAAUUUACAAUACCGAAGGAUGGACACCGAGGGCCGUUCUGCGCAUUGAGAAGGGCUGGAUAUGGGAUGCUGCGUUCAGCAACGAUUCCAAGUACAUCUUCACCGCCUCAUCCGAUCAUAUGGCACGAUUAUGGCGCAUAGACAAUCAGUCGGUCGAACGAGAGUACAGCGGCCACGCCAAAGCGGUAACCGCUUUGGCGUUCCUCGAUGUGUCCGGCAGCGGUGGAGGCACACCGACUGAUGCUGGUGCUGGUAAAGGAGGGUGAAUUAUGUGGCAUUACUUUUAAAUAAAGGCGCCUAGUGAAGAAACGGAAA